UCACCUGGCCUCCACCUCUCGCUUUGUUCUCCAACGCCUCCUGCUGGCUCUUGCAGAGGACGGGCUCCAGAGAGUGUCCAGCCAUUCUCUGUGCCCAGGCAGCCCGUCAGCAGUCACACCUGCCCUCUGGGGGUCGCUGCAAUGAUCACACCCCCUUGUCCCACCAUCUAGAUACUGGAGAAAUGCAUAGGGGGAACUGAGGCACGCACACAGUAUUCAGAGGAAACAUUAAGAACAGUCCCACUUCGUCACACCAAGAAACAAGCAUGACCGGUGGGAUCGCGUCGUAAUGCAGCUGUGGGAUGAUGAGCAGUGGCUGCACCCGCGUUCCUGGAUCUGUGCCAAGCUCUCCCCAGCCCUCCGGCACCGGGACUCCAGCACGAGGGCUGCGCUGCCGGUGAAGAAGCAAGUGACAAUCUCACUGUGGAAACUUGCAAUGCUGGAUUGCUACUGGUCAGUGGGAAAUGAGUUUGGAGUUGGAAAAUCCACCGUGGGGUCCGUUGUGCUGCAGGGCCAUUGAUGGUCUCCUGCGAGGCAGGACUGUGACUCUGGGCAGUGUGGAUGGCUUUGCAGCAGUGGGGAGCGACAGCCAGCACGCACAUCCCUACUUUGACCCCCGAGUCCAUCGAGAAAGGGCGACUUUUCCAUGGCUACACAAGCGCCGGUGGAUCGCCAGGGAUGUGGGUGGGUUCCCAUAGGCGAUAUUGAAAUGCCAGCCGUGACCCUGGGCACCCAGCCUGCCCCUUACUCUCCUGGAGCCGUAUGCCGGCCCCCGCGGCAGCAGGCUGAGAUUCAGCUUCCGGCUCAGCAGCGUGAUGGGAUGUGACGGGGCGCCUGCCCCACACUGGCCCUGCGAGGGUUCAAACCAGCCUAGGGCGGCUGAGUGCCAGGCAGCCAAAGGAGUGGCUGCCAGGGAAACAGCCAAUUAGGGCAGACACUCAGUCUGGGCCCAGGCGGCCCAUACUAAAGGGAGCUGCAGAGCAGAGUGAGCGAGUCUGCUGCAGGGAGCCCUAGGGAAAAGACUGACUUUCUAGAGGGCUACAGAGAGACCAGUUCCUGGGGAGGGGCAGGUGCUAGCAGGGACCAGGGGAGCCAGAGAGGGCUCCUGGUGGCUGCCAGGACUUACAGGCUCGAGGCCCUGGGAAGAGGGCAAAGGAGCUGGAGCCAGAGGCAGGAGCAGACGGAACUGAGGCCAUGGGGAAGUGGCCCAGGGAUUUGACAGACUGGUGGUGAAAGAAAGGAGGGUCAGCGGGAAGCUGCUGUUUGUAGGGUCCCUGGGCUGGGACCCAGAGUAGUGGGUGGGCCUGGGUCCCCCCCCCAAAACCACUCACCGCUGAAGAAGUGACUAGGCUAUGGACUGCCAAGCUGCCGCGAGGAGCAGCUAGACUCUUGCGGAUGGAGUCCCCCGGAAGGAGACACGGCUGGAGGACACGAAGCAGAGGCAGUGAGACGGGAACUGCAGUGGUCUGCAGGUGGAGACGAGGACGGGAGAGCCACCACCACUGGAGGGCACACCCGCUGACCAGAGCUAAUUCCCGAACCGGCCAGUAGGAGGCACCGGUGUGGUGUCUCCAGAACUAUAUCCCGCCCCAGAGCCUCACCCUGUCCUGCCCCGUGUGCCGCCAGACCUCCAUCCUGCCCGAGCAGGGCGUGGCCGCACUACAGAGCAACUUCUUCAUCACCAACCUCAUGGAGGUGCUGCAGCGCUCCCCCGAGGGCAGCAGCCGCCCGGACGCCGCCGCACUGGACCCCGUCAGCGCCGUCACCGGCCAGCCGCUCUCCUGCCCCAACCACGAGGGCAAGGUGAUGGAGUUCUACUGCGAGUCGUGCGAGACGGCCAUGUGCCACGAGUGCACAGAGGGGGAGCACCGGGAGCACGUCACCGUGCCGCUGCGCAACGUGGUGGAGCAGCACAAGGCCGCACUGCAGCAGCAGCUCGACGCCAUCAAGAGCCGGCUGCCCCAGCUGACGGCUGCCAUCGGGCUGGUGACCGAGAUCAGCAAGCAGCUCCUGGAGCGGAAGAACGCGGCCGUGGGCGAGAUCAGCGGCUCCUUCGCGGAGCUGGAGCAGGCCCUGCAGCAGCGCAAGGGGCUGCUCGUGCGUGACCUGGAGGCCACCUGCAGCGCCAAGCAGAAGGUGCUGCAGGCCCAGCUGGACGCCCUGCGGCAGGGCCAGGAGAACAUCCUAAGCAGCUGCACCUUCACGGAGCAGGCGCUGCACCACGGCACGGAGACGGAGGUGCUGCUGGUGAAGAAACAGAUGAGCGAGCGGCUCAGCGCGCUGGCCAGCCAGGAGUUCCCCGAGCAGCCGCAGGAGAACAACCAGCUAGACUACGUGGUGGAGACGGACGGCGUCCGCAAGUCCAUCCUCAACCUGGGCGUGCUCAUCACCACCAGCGCCAUCGCCCACAAGACGGUGGCCACGGGCGAGGGGCUGCGGCACGCGGUGGUGGGGCAGCCCUCCUCCCUCACCAUCACCACCAAGGACAAGGACGGCGAGCUGGUGCGCAGCGGCAGCGCCAGCCUGCAGGCCCAGGUGACGGCCCCUGACGGCGGCCGGGCUGAGGCCGAGGUGCUAGACAACAAGAACGGCACCUACGAGCUGGUCUACACGCCGCGGCAGGAGGGCGACUUCCUGCUCUCCAUCCUGCUGUACGGGCAGCCCAUCCGGGGCAGCCCCUUCCGCACCAAGGCCCUCAAGGCCUGCGACGUGCCCCCCUCGCCCGACGACGUCAAGCGCCGUGUCAAGUCCCCCAGCAGCGGGCACAUCCGGCAGAAGGCUGUGCGGCGCCCCUCCAGCAUGUACGGCAGCGGCAAGAAGAAGGAGAACCCCAUCGAGGACGAGCUCAUCUUCCGCGUGGGAAGCCGAGGCCGGGAGAAGGGGGAAUUCACCAACCUGCAGGGCAUCUCCACCUCCAGCUCUGGUCGCAUCGUGGUGGCCGACAGCAAUAACCAGUGUGUGCAGGUCUUCUCCAAUGAGGGCCAGUUCCGGCUGCGCUUCGGCGUGCGGGGCCGCUCCCCUGGGCAGCUGCAGCGCCCCACCGGCGUCACGGUCGACAUGAACGGGGACAUCAUCAUCGCCGACUAUGACAACCGCUGGGUCAGCAUCUUCUCCCCCGAGGGCAAGUUCAAGACGAAGAUCGGGGCUGGGCGGCUGAUGGGCCCCAAGGGCGUGGCCGUGGACCGCAAUGGCCACAUCAUCGUGGUGGACAACAAGGCCUGCUGCGUCUUCAUCUUCCAGUCCAACGGGAAGCUGGUGACCAAGUUUGGUGGCCGCGGGACGGCGGAGCGGCAGUUUGCAGGUACCCUCGAUGGGCCCCACUUCGUCGCUGUUAACAACAAGAACGAGAUCGUGGUGACCGACUUCCACAACCACUCGGUGAAGGUGUACAGCGCCGACGGCGAGUUCCUCUUCAAGUUCGGCUCCCACGGGGAGGGGAACGGGCAGUUCAACGCCCCCACCGGUGUGGCCGUGGACUCCAACGGCAACAUUAUCGUGGCCGACUGGGGCAACAGCCGGAUCCAGGUCUUCGACAGCUCGGGCUCCUUCCUGUCCUACAUCAACACGCUGGCUGACCCGCUGUAUGGGCCGCAGGGCCUGGCGCUCACCUCGGACGGACACGUGGUGGUGGCCGACUCGGGCAAUCACUGUUUCAAGGCCUAUCGCUACCUGCAGUAGCCGAGGGGCCCCGGGCGGGCCGCGGCCUGCACCUGCCCCGCUGCCUGGACUAGAGACCGAGGGGCCCUUUCCCCGCCUGCGGGCUGGUGCUGAACGCCCAGCCCACCGGAGUUGGGG